ACAUUAAAAAUGUUUGAGUCGUUAUAUAGGAGUAAGAAAUUUUAUAAUAUUUGCCAGUCUCAUAUUGAGCAGGAAAGUAACAAGUGUGGAUAACACACAUUAAACAAGUGCCUUGAAAAUUUAUACUUGGAUUACUUUUAUUUAUACAUAAUUAUUUUUGAUAUAUUUUUUAAUAAGUAAAUAAUAUUUUUUUUUUUAAAUAAUUUACAUUCGUAAAAGAUAAAUAAUUUUACAAUAUUUAUAUCGGUAUUAUUGUAAAUGAAAAAAAAAAUAAAACAAAUGUGAAUAUAUUAAAAAAAAAAAAAAAAAGUGCCUUAAAAUAAUAUUAAUAAUUAUAUUUUUAAUAAAAUAAAUAAAAAAAUUUACGCAAAUUAACAGCAGAUAAUUUGAAGUCAAUUUGAUAAUAAAUCAUAAUGGGCACAUCAAAUGCACUAACAGAAAGUGAAAAUAAUGGAAAUGAAGAAGCAAAUCCAAGUGGUACAUCCGUUGAAGCAUUUUAUGCUGCAACAGUUGUUUUAAUAACUGGUGCAACUGGUUUCUUAGGCAAAGCAUUACUCGAAAAAUUAUUAAGAUCAUGUCCAAGAAUAUCAACAAUAUAUCUAUUAAUACGACCAAAAAAAAAUGAAACUAUUGAACAAAGAUUUCAACAAUUAAUGAAAAAUUCUGUUUUCGAUAGAAUAAAAUGGGAAUGUCCAAAUGCAUUUUCCAAGGUAUUACCAAUAAAAGGUGAUGUAAGCCAAAAAAAUUUGGGUCUAAGUGAUGAAGAUCGUAUAAUAUUAACCCAACAAGUUAAUAUUGUAUUUCAUAGUGCAGCAACAGUUAGAUUUAAUGAGCCAUUAAAAGUUGCUGUUAAUUUAAAUACCCAAGGUACUGAACGUAUCAUUGAUCUUUGUACUGGUAUGAUUAAUCUUGUUAGUUUAGUACACGUAAGUACAGCAUAUAGUAAUGCUGAUUUAAUUGAAGUUAAAGAAGACAUAUAUAAAACAAAAAUUAAACCAGAAAUAUUAAUUGACAUGUGUGAAAAUUUGGAUGAUGAGACACUAAAUAUAUUGGAGUUAAAAAUACGUGGACAACAUCCAAAUACAUAUACAUUAACAAAAGGAUUAGCUGAAAAUAUAAUUAUUAAAAAAGGUAUUGGUUUACCAAUAGCUAUUGUUAGACCAAGUAUUGUUUGUGCAGCAUAUCAAGAACCAUUUCCAGGAUGGGUUGAUAAUAUUUGUGGUAUUACUGGAAUAAUGAUGCAAGCUGGACGUGGUGCUGUUAGAAGUGUUGUUUGUGAUAAAAAUUUAAUUGUUGAUAUUAUACCAGUUGAUUAUGUUGUUGAUACACUUAUUUGUGCAUCUUGGCACAGUACAAUGAGACAAUCAAAAGGUAUUCAAGUUUACAACUGUGUCAGUGGAGCAUUUAAUCCAGUCAAAUGGGAUGAAUUUGGUCAUUUAGUCAAAAAAUAUGCUAUUGAAUUACCAUCGAAAUAUGCUCUUUGGUAUCCAGGUUUUACACUGAGAACAAAUAAAAUUAUUCACAAGUUGGUUGUAACAAUGCUGCAUUUUUUACCAGCUUUUAUUGUUGAUAUUGUUUUGAGAUGUCAAGGAGACAAACCAGUAAUGAUGAAAACAGCAAAACGUUAUGAACGAGCAGCUAAAACAGCUGAAUUUUUUUCUUGUCGUGAAUGGAAAUUUCAUGCUGAAAAUAUGAAUCAAUUAGUUAAAUGUGUUAAAUUAGCUAAUGAUUCAAAUAAUUUUAAUGUUGAUAUAACAACACUUGAUUGGGAUGCAUUUGUUCAUAAGUAUACUCUUGGUAUUAGAAAAUACAUACUCAAAGAUAAUCCUGAUACUUUAACAAAAGCGAGAAAUCGUUUAUCAAAACUCUAUUGGAUACAUAGAUGUGCUCAAGUAUUUUUUGUUGCUGCGAUGGUUAAAAUGGUUCUUACUCAUCAUUGAUAUAGUAUAAUCCAAAAAAAAAUUAUCAUUAAGAUUUAAGACAACAAAAAGAUCAUUAAAAAAACCAAUCAAUUAUAUAAUUUGCUGGCAUAUUAUGUAGUUAAAUAGAAAUUAAAAAAAAUCAAUGAUAUUUAAUAAUUCCAUCCAUAAAAAAAAAUAUUAAACAACAUUAUAAAUUAUAUAAUAAAUUUAUCGAUGUAAUUAUGUAAAAUAAAAUUAUUUUGGUAUUAGAAUAUACGAUUUUUUUCAUCACCAUAAGAUGAUGGAAAGCAAAUUAUAUUUUUAAAACUAACAGAAUUAUUUUUAUGUACUAAAAAAGACGAAAAAAAAAUAUAAACCAAACGACAAGAUAUCAUGGUAUUCAUUCAGUAAUCUUCGGGAUAAUGGUUCACUGAUAAAAUGGCAUUUAAUAUCAAUAUUUAAUAUUAUUAAUUAAUUAAUAGUACUCAUUGUUAAAUGUAAAAAAAAAAAAAAACAAAUUACAUAAUGUAAGAAGAAAUAAAUACAUUUUUAAAUGAAAAAAAAA